AGUCGUCAUCCUCCCCCUGCGAUUCACUUCCUGCUUCCGCAAACAAGUCCGAGCACUCGAGCAGCAACACUUCCUGACCCCCAGCGGGCUUCUGCGGCUUCUCCUCCCGCACACCCAUGCCUCACUGACCGCACACAUGACGGCCAACAGCCGCUGCUCCGUGGCUGAGCCUCCGGGCCUGGAGACCCAGCGACGGGAGAUCGAGUGUCUGCUGCGGGAUUGUGAGCUCCGCGCCGGGGACACUUGGUAUGUGGUGGAGCAUCGCUGGUACGAGCAGUGGAAGGAGUUUGUGGAGAGCGGCGACCAGAACUCCUCAUUGUGUCCCGGUCAGAUCAACAACACCCAGCUGUUCGAGGAUCUGGACUCGUACCACCUAAAGGAGCGUCUUGUGGAGAACGAGGACUUUGUCCUAGUGCCAGCCCAAGUGUGGCACAAACUUCUGGCCUGGUAUGGGACGGUAAAGGAGCAGCCGCCGCUGGAGCGCAAGGUGGUGGACCUGCCCAGCACCCUCAAGGUGGAGGUGUACCCCGUGGAGCUCUUCCUCUGUCUCCAUAGCAACAUGGACAACAUCACCACGGCGCAGUUCAGCCGCACUGACAACAUACAGUCCAUCCAGUCGGCGAUGUGCCAGGCUUUCUCGCUGCCUCAGACGUCAGAGUGUCGUCUGUGGAUGAAAAGCUCCGACAACAACUGUGAACGCCUCAGGAACGUCCACAUGAGCGUGCUGGACGCCUGCCUCAGCUCAGGGAUGACGGUGAUCAUGGAGACGAGGAAUGCUGACGGCACCUGGCCCAGCUCCAGACCUCAAAUCAUGAGGAACUCCGUGGAGGAUCAGGACUCGUAUCGAGGUCAGCCUGGUGUCUGCGGCCUCACCAACCUGGGCAACACCUGCUUCAUGAACUCUGCCCUGCAGUGUCUGAGCAACACUCCUCCGCUGACUGAGUACUUCCUGCAGAGCUCCUACCUGGAGGAGCUCAACUUCUCCAACCCUCUGGGCAUGAAGGGUGAGAUCGCCGAGGCCUACGCCGACGUCAUCAAGCAGAUGUGGUCAGGCCGCCAUUACUCGGUGGUGCCGCGCGUCUUCAAGACCAAGGUGGGCCAUUUUGCCUCUCAGUUCCUGGGAUACCAACAACACGACAGCCAGGAGCUGCUCUCCUUCCUGCUGGACGGCCUGCACGAGGACCUCAACCGGGUCAAAAACAAGGAGUACAUCGAACUGAGGGAUGCAGACGGCCGACCUGAUCAGGAAGUGGCGGAGGAGGCGUGGCGUAACCACCGCAGGCGCAACAACUCUGUGAUCGUGGACACCUUCCACGGCCUCUUCAAGUCCACACUCAUAUGUCCUGAGUGCCACAAGGUCUCUGUGACCUUUGACCCUUUCUGCUACCUGAGCGUCCCGCUGCCCGUCAGCAAGGAGCGCGUCAUGGAGGUCUUCUUCGUCUCGCUGGACCCCUACGCCAAGCCCAUGCAGCACCGUGUGGUGGUUCCCAAAGCAGGCAGAGUGUCUGACCUCUGCUCGGCCCUGUCGGAGAUGACCGCCGUACCUGCCACUCAGAUGGUGGUGGCCGACUUGUUCAACCAUCGCUUUUACAAAAUCUACACGGCCGAUGAAUCUCUCAGCUGCAUCCUGGACCGAGACGACAUCUUCGUGUACGAGUGCGGCGCGCGUGGCGAGGAGCAGGUGCUGCUGGCGCUCUACCUGAGGGAACGCUCCCACUACAGAGACUACGGCUCCAUCAACACCACCCUCUUUGGUCACCCGCUGCUGCUCAACGUGCCACGCAGCAGCUGCAGCCAGGAGGCGCUCUACCACCUCUUCCUGCAAAGACUGGCGCGCUAUGUGCGAGUUCCUGAGCCCUCGGAGGAGUCUGAGGGUGACGAGGACGAGGAUGAAGAGGAGCUGUACAAGACUCAGACCAACGGCAUCAGUGAUGAUGAUGAGCAGGAGGACACGGUGCAGGCGGGACCCUCCCGCACGGAGGCGUGCUGUGCAGACGGGCCGGGGAACAACCGCCAUGAGGACGUGGCUCCUCCCCCAGAGCUCCACCCAGAGCACCUGCGGGCCCCCCCGGCGGAGGGCGACGUCCACAACGCUGCGUGUCACGCCACGACCAAGCUCAUCUGCAGCGGCGACGCCAGCCCCGCCCUCGGUCACAUCCACGCCCGCGGGGAGGCGAGCGGCGACGAGGCGGCGGCGGUGGAACCCCCGACAUCGCAGUGUGACGCCGCUGAAGAUGAGGAGGAGGCGUGUCCACCCAGCCCACCUGCCAACAAGGAAGUAGCCAAGACGAGAGACAAGAAGAAGAAGAAGAAGAAGAAGAAGCGUCUGUUCACCAUCCAGGCAGUCAACUGUAACGGCACCGAGAGAGAGAUGGGCCCCGACAUGUCCUUCAGCUCCCAGCCGUACGUGGCGCUGGACUGGGACGCCGACAUGAAGAAGAGAUUCUACAAUGAAAACGAGGCGGAGAAGUACGUCAAGCACAGCAGCAUGGAUGUUCCUCUGCAGCACACCACCGUGCCCAUGCAGGACUGCAUCCAGCUCUUCACCACUGUGGAGACCCUGGAGGAGGAGAACCCCUGGUACUGUCCUGUGUGUAAGAAGCACCAGCUGGCCACCAAGAAACUGGACCUGUGGUCUCUGCCGGAGGUCCUCAUCAUCCACUUGAAGAGGUUCUCCUACACCAAGUUCACCAGAGAGAAGCUGGACACCAUCGUGGACUUUCCCCUCAGGAACUUGGACUUCUCAGGUUGUCUCCUGAGGAAGAACUUGUCCAGUGGGGAGCCGCCCAGCUGCUAUGACCUCAUAGCCGUGUCCAACCACUACGGAGGACUGCGAGACGGACACUACACCAGCUAUGCAUGCAACAAGGACAACGGUCAGUGGUACUACUUUGAUGACAGCAAGGUGACGUACGCCAGGGAGGACCAGAUCAUGACCAACGCCGCCUAUGUGCUGUUCUACCAUCGACAAGACAAGAUGAGGAAACCUUCCCUGCCCGCCCCCAGCACAAGCACCGCCUCCUCCGCUGAUGCCACACCACGCAGCGACAGCAGCACCACCACCCUCACCAUGGAAACGGACUAAUGGCGCCAACUUGUGGUGAAAAGACUUUUUUCUUUUUCUGUAAUGUACAACACUGAAGGGGAGGGGCUUAAGUUCACUUGGGACUUUGAUUUGGCCGACAUUUUCUUUCUCAAUGAAUGCAACUUUUCUUUUCUUUGGACGUUCCACCAACCUGUGCCAUUUGCUGCUGCUUGUCUACUUCCCCAACUACUGCUCCACCUCAGACAACACCACUUAGUGACAAUCUCAACUAGUCACUUCCUUACUGCUCCACCUCAGACAACACCACUUAGUGACAAUCUCAACUAGUCACUUCCUUACUGCUCCACCUCAGACAACACCACUUAGUAACAAUCUCAACUAGUCACUUCCUUACUGCUCCACCUCAGACAACACCACUUAGUAACAAUCUCAACUAGUCACUUCCUUACUGCUCCACCUCAGACAACACCACUUAGUAACAAUCUCAACUAGUCACUUCCUUACUG